AUGGCUGAGCCUCCAUCAUUGGAAGAUAUAUUAGCGAAAAAGCGAAAAGAGGAAGAAGAUCAAGAAAAGGUUUUUCUAUUUCAGCCGAAGUUUCUUACAAGAGAAGAACGUGCAGCCCUUGCUCUUCAACGACGUGCCGAGCAGGUAGAGCGUAUAAAAGAGAACCAAAGGCGGCUUGAUGAAAGCCGUAGACAAUUUGAAGCUGAAGCAAAGAGAGCUGAGGGACGCGAUGGACGUGAUCACGACAGAAACCGUGAUCGUAGCAGGGAACGAAGAGAACGCAGUCGAUCCCGAGAGCGUAGAGAGCGAGAAAAACGUGAAAGGAGUCGUAGCAGAGAGCGAGACAGAGAUAGGAGAGGAAGAAGUAGGAGCAAAGAAAGGGAUAGAGAUCGACGGGAUCGUAGUAGAAGUAAGGAAAGAAGAGGCGAUCGUGAUAAAGAUGGAGCCCGUACCAACCGUACUGAGAGCAAGGAGGAAGACGACACAUUUGAUCCAAACAAACUUCAAGAAGCAGUAAAAGUCCGGUAUCUUGGUUUGCAAAAAGAGAAGAAAAAAAGAGGAAGGCGCCUCCAUGAACGUAAGUUUGUGUUCGAUUGGGACGCAUCGGAAGACACCUCGCAAGACUACAACAAGUUGUAUCAGAAGAGACAUGAGGUGCAAUUCUUCGGACGAGGAGCCAUAGCGGGUAUUGAUGUGAAUGCUCAGAAAAAGACAAAUAACGUAUUCUAUCAGGCUAUCAUGGAAAAACGUAGAACGGAAGAGGAAAAACAAAUGGAGAAGGCUCGUCGUGAAAAGGAGAAAAUAAGAGAAAGGAAGUCUGCUCAUGAUGAUCGUCAUUGGAAAAUGAAGCCGCUCGACGAAAUGACUGAGAGAGACUGGCGUAUCUUUCGUGAAGAUUUCAAUAUUGCUAUCAAGGGUGGUCGUGUACCGAAACCGUUACGAGCUUGGGAAGAGUGCGGACUACCCGAAGAAGUGUAUCAGGCCAUACAGAAAGUUGGAUAUAAGGAGCCAACUCCAAUUCAAAGGCAGGCCAUUCCCAUUGGUUUACAGAAUCGAGAUGUCAUUGGGGUGGCCGAAACAGGUUCUGGAAAAACUGCAGCAUUUUUGAUACCAUUACUGGUAUGGAUAACGGGCUUGCCGAAGCUCGACCGUCAGGAGCAUUAUGAUCAGGGUCCCUACGCUGUGAUUCUCGCACCUACAAGAGAAUUGGCACAACAAAUCGAGGAAGAAACUAACAAGUUCGGUGAGCUGCUAAAAAUCCGAACUGUGUCUGUAAUAGGAGGUGCCUCUCGCGAAGACCAAGGGAUGAAACUGCGCAUGGGAGUCGAAGUUGUCAUUGCCACACCCGGUCGUCUUUUGGACGUUUUAGAGAACCGAUACCUGCUUCUCAACCAGUGCUCUUAUGUCAUUCUUGAUGAGGCCGAUCGUAUGUUGGAUAUGGGAUUCGAGCCUGAAGUGCAAAAAGUGUUGAGUUAUUUGCCAGUGUCUAAUCAGAAACCUGACACUGAUGAUAUUGAACAUGAGGAAGCACUUAUGAAUAAUUUUGCCACAAGAGAGAAAUAUCGUCAGACAGUGAUGUUCACCGCAACUAUGUCUCCAGCUAUCGAACGCUUGGCGAGAGCCUAUUUGCGGCGUCCCGCAGUUGUACACAUUGGAUCAGCUGGACGUCCCACGGAACGAGUGGAACAGAUUGUCUACAUGUUGUCAGAAGACAGAAAGAAGAAGAAACUUGUUGAAGUAUUGGAGCAGCAUUUCGAACCGCCUAUCAUCAUUUUCGUUAAUCAGAAGAAGGGUGCUGAUCUUCUAGCAAAAGGUCUCAGUAAAUUGAACUUCAAUCCAGUCGUUCUUCAUGGUGGUAAAGGACAGGAAACGAGAGAAUAUGCUCUGCAGGCACUCAAAGAUAAAACCAAGGAUAUCCUCGUUGCGACUGAUGUUGCGGGAAGAGGAAUUGAUAUCAAGGACGUCUCAUUAGUGUUGAAUUACGAUAUGGCAAAGUCCAUUGAAGAUUAUACUCAUCGAAUUGGAAGAACAGGUAGCUCCAUGCUUCUUACGGGGUUAUUUUAG